AUGGAAUCAGUUGCUAUACUGGGGGUAGUUGGCAACGCUAUCCAGCUGGUGGACUUCACGACAAAGCUCGUCUCCAAGUCACGGUCGUUACAGCAUAGUGGCAGUCUGGUUGAACAGGGAGAUCUCUUGACUCUGUCAGCCUCACUCAAGAGGGAUUUGGAACUGGCCCCAGCCGGCAACACUGAGAACGACAUUGCGACACGCAGCAUCUGCGAAAAAUGCUUCGACAUCGGACUCGAGAUUGAGAUAGCCUUGGCAGACACCAACAAAAAAAGCUCUUAUGGAAAAUGGAAGAGCUUCCGACAUGCUUUGAAAGCUAUUUGGGGUGCUGAAAAGCUUGCCGACAUGCAGGGACGGCUUACAAUGUUCAGCCAACAACUCCAGCAGCGUACGCAGAUGAAGACGCACGAAGCUGUAACAGACAUGCAUGUGGACGUUAUCCGUGCUUUAAACGAUGCGACCAUCAGUUCAACAAAGGAACAUGAGGCGACUCGAUCAGACAUACAGUCUUUGCAGAAUGAGGCCGAACGACAAGCGCAUCAAUUACGGGAAGAAAUCAACACACUCCGAUCAGAUCUUGAGAAGCGCAUAGCGGAGUCAGUCGUUAAGUCCGAACAACUGAGUAAGACCGAACAGAACCGACUUCACCAAUUCACCAAUGCGACAUACAAGCUUUGGGCUGCUAAGGAAGUCAUGCUUGCGAAUAUCAGCACGGACUCCGAGAAGUAA